AUGUUGCGAGCUCAAAGAAUCAGUGAGAAACUCGCUCGUUUUGGCGGGGGAUCGUCGCAAUGGCGUCAUUUCACGUCAUCGACACAAUUCUGUAAACCUUCUCUGGACGAUCUUCGUGAUGACUACCACAAAGAGAUUGCUGCAUUACCCGAACAGUUGGGAAUGCAAAGCCUUGAAGCCUUCUUGGCUGACAAAUCCAGUGGCAACGGGGAGCUCUGGAAGAUGUCCCCUCCUGUCCCACCCAAGGAUGGAUAUCGCUACACGAUGAACCAAGAUGAGAUUCAAAUCACAUUGGAUGCUGCACUUGCUACAUUUUGCUUGCAUGUCGAGUCGAGGAUUGCAGCUCUCGUCGGUGCUGGGUUCUAUACCAUCGGUCCUUGUGGAGAGGAGAUGCUUUCGGCCAUUGGAUUGUCACUUCGGGACCAUGAUGAUGCUGCCUUGCAUUAUCGUCAUUCGGGGGUCUCGCUGGCAAGGCAACUACGACGACGAGGACGAUCAGAUAUUGACCAGAUUCUACUGGAUCGAGCAAGAGGAUAUACAGUUAGCAAACAUGAUCCUGUCACGGGAGGAGUCCACUGCUCAAUUGGAUCGCACACGGAAGGACUGGGAAGAGACUACGUGGUGACCAGCACACUGGCAUCACAAUGCCCAUCUGCCGUUGGACGAGCAUUGGGCUACUCUCUAGCAGCGAAGCAAAAGGUCUUGCAACAGGCAACAAACCGGAACAAGCCGGUUAGUUUUGUUUCUGUCGGUGACGGAUCCGUCCACAAUCACCACUUUUGGAGUAGUUUCCAUCUUGCGAGGCAUGCAAGGCACCGAAACAUUCAAUGUCCAACAGUUUUUGGUAUCAGCAACAAUGGUAUUUCCAUAUCUUACGAGACGAAGAAUUAUGUCAAUACUCUAUUUGGAAAUGAUCCACUUGUGCCACUCUUUGAAGCGGAUGCUGCAGAUAUGAUGCAAGUCUAUAGCGAAACAAAGCGGGCUACCGAACAUGCGCGGCAACGAUCGGCUCCCGCUGUCAUCUUGUAUCAAAACAUCACUCGAAGGUUUGGUCAUGCCGCGAGCGAUCGCCAGCAAGCCUACCUUGACCCCGAGAGAAUUCAAGCCAUGGCAGAAUCUGAUCUACUAGAACGUGCCAUAAUGCAAGCAGUGGAAGUUUUCAACGCCCUAACCUAUCAAGAAGUUAAGGACCGAUUCCAAGAGAUACGUGCGAGUACACGAGACGCCUUUUCAAAGGCAAGCCAGGAAGAAAAAGUGACGCGAAGCGAGAUGAUGGAACGAGUUGCCACGCCAACUGUGACCUGUCCUCCUUUGCCAUCAGAGCUCACUGAGCGUACCAUAGAAAAGCCAAAGUCGGAAUCGACAUCGAAGAGGCCCAAAAAAUUGGACGUUAUGCGCAAGCACAUGACACGCGUUUUGGAAGAGUCACUUGCCAAUGAUGAUUCGGUGGUUUAUCUUGGAGAGGAUGUUGAACACGGCGGAUACUAUCUGGUAACAGAUCAACUUUCAAAGAAGUUUCCAGGCAGGGUUGUUGACUUUCCCCCGGACGAAACAUCACUCCUGGGAGCCGCCAUGGGCUUUUCUCAGGUUGGGCUGACACCGAUUGUUGAGAUUCCUUACGCGAAGUAUCUAGAUUGUGGAGCUGACAUGUUCUUUGAAAUUGCCAUCACGGACUGGUUGUCAGCAGGGAAGCAACCCAACGGCAUGCUCAUCCGACUGCAAGGAUUUGACCGUGGUUUGUUCGGUGGAAACUUUCACACUCAUAAUAUGCUUUCGAACAUUCCUCCUGGGGUCGACGUGGUUUGCUACAGUAACGGGGAAGACUACGUCCGAGGCUUUCGAUACGCGCUGGAAAAAGCCAGGGCCGGUCGGGUUGUGGUAUCGGUGGACAGCACUCAUCUUUUGAAUCUGCGUCACGUUCACGAAAAGGACCGCGGCUGGGAACGUGCCUACCCAGUACUGGAAGGUGCUGCAAGCGCGGACAAAAUGAGCUUUGAUGAAAUCAUCCGCUAUGGCACAGCUGGCCGAUGCGCUGUUGUCACGUAUGGCAACGGUGUUGUCACCGCCCUGCAGGCAAGGAAGUCGCUUGUGAUGAAGGGUCUCCUCCAGAGUGACGAGGAACUGGAUAUUCUUGAUUGUCCCUUGCUUAGCACCGUUCCCGCCGGUCUGAAGAAAGCAUUGCCACAGUACGAAGGAGUUCUAUUUGCUGACGUUUGCAAAGAGGGCCCGUCCAAUGUGCUCUCCAGCAUGAUUGUUUCGCUCCAUGAUGAUGGCGUCUUGCAGUGUCCGUGGGUGAGUGCUUUUGCCCCUCGAACGUAUAACCCUCUAGGAAGCGUCGAAACCUUCCUGAAUGUUGAUGACAUCGAGAGUGCAUGGAAGAAACUGUCCGAGAAAGUGUCAAGAUCGUGA